AUGGAAUUCGCCGGCCACCAGUAUGAGGUGAGGACGAAAAGGACAAUUAGCGGUCGCAACGGGAGUUUAACCAUCGCUGAGUUGCAGAUGGGUGCGAAGAGGCACCUGUGGAAUGCGACGCUGGUAUGGGUGAGGAAGAAGGGGGAAAAUGACCGGUUGAGCAUCGGUGGAAUAAGGGGAAGACGAAGGGAUAUUGAGCAGCUUCUGGGACGUGUGUACUGA